CUACCCCAAAAACCUGAAACGAAACUGAAAAUGGGAACUAUGUUGUGAUAUAUUCAGCAUCAGAAUUCACUUCUGCUCAUAUUUGGGGGGAAGUUUGGAGGAAGAAAACAAUCAAGUUGGCGUAGAAGAAACUUUUAAAGAGUUCAAUCUCACUUGAAAGGGGAAAAUGACCUCCUCGUAUAGCAGCCUUGAUGACAGUAACGAUUCAAACAAAAGGACCAGCUGCGUGAAGCUACUUGCGAUUGUGGCAUGUCUGACUAUUUUGGGAGUUUUGCUCGCUAUCAUCGUGCUGGAGAGACCUCCACCUCCCAAAAACCACGAGAUACUCCCAGGUGACGACAGCUGGAGCAAUUUCUCUACUGAUCAGUGCAGCAUGGCCCUUGUGGAGAGCAUUCCCGAACAUAUGAAAUACAAAGGCAACGUAACAUUUGGGAUCCCUCUUGAACAAGUCUGGAACAAUCUCAUCUCAGUGGCAACAAACGAAGUGGAUGUGGUCUCUUUCUACUGGACGUUAACUGGGGAAGACAUCAGUGUCAACUCUUCCUCUGAUAUGCCCGGAAGGAACAUCCUGAAAGAGCUUGAAGAGCUUCCUUCGAGGAAUGUGACUGUCCGAGUGAUAACGAGUGUUCCCACCGUCAGAACAAACUCCACCGAUUUACAGAUCUUAAAACAAAAAGGAGUUCAUGUGAGAAAGGUGGACUUUGGCCGCCUUGCAAACGGCGUUCUUCACAGCAAGUUCUGGAUUGUCGAUAGGAAACACGUGUUUAUUGGAAGCGCCAACAUGGACUGGAGGGCUUUAACACAGGUGAAGGAACUAGGAGUUGUGAUCUACAACUGCUCCAGUCUUGCGAAGGACCUUCGUAAAAUCUUCCAGUCCUACUGGGUGAUGGGUCAACCCAACAGCUCCUUGCCACAGCCUUGGCCUGCAAACUAUAACACAGACAUCAACAAACAACACCCCCUGCUGGUGAAAGAGAAUAACAUCUCCACCCGGCUGUAUGUGGCAGCUUCUCCUCCAUCCUUCUGUCCUCCAUCGAGGACUCAGGACCUGGAUGCUAUUCUCUCCAUCAUCUAUGGGGCUCAACACUAUGUUGAUGUAGCUGUCAUGGAGUACUUCCCCACCACGCGCUUUGACAGGCCUCGGAGCAGAUACUGGCCGGUCAUCGAGGAUGCCAUCAAGACGGCCGCGUUCGAGAGGAAAGUGCAAAUCAGGAUGCUGAUCAGCUGCGGGCGGGAUUCUGAUCCAGACAUGUUGCCUUUUCUUCAGUCUCUAGCCUCACUCGACUCUCCUCAGCAGCAUAUCAGCAUCCAGAUAAAACUCUACAUCGUCCCAGUGGCAAACCAGUCCGAUAUUCCAUUUUCCAGAGUCAACCACAACAAAUACAUGGUGACUGAUAAAGUAGCUUAUAUCGGUACCUCUAACUGGUCAGGAGACUACUUUCUUACCACCGCUGGAGUGGGCCUGGUGGUGUCCCAGCAUGCAUCUCAACCUGAAAUGAAGAAUACGACCCUGUACAGUCAGCUCAAGGCAGUAUUUAACAGAGACUGGUAUUCAGAGUUUGCUGUGCUCCUCGAUGACCUGGGACACCACCCAGACUGUUCACUAUCGAGAUGACUGAAGCUCUUUUAUGAAUCUUAAGUGCAUUUCAUGACAUUCAAAUCCCAGUUGGGACACAGUAUUCUGCUGUUUUUAUGACCUUUUUGUCAGGAACGAUAUUUUUAAUACAACUGUCACAUAUGUUAAUUAACCUACUACAUGUGUCAUGCUACAGUUCUGACUGAACAUGUUUUAGUACAUGUGCAGUCAGAUUUACAAUGUUCUUUCAGGCGCAGUGUGAUCAUUCACUGCUGAGCUGAUUGUUUUAAAGCAUGAUUAAUGAAUAUCAACCAUUGAGUGCAUUUUAAUGUCAUGGUUAAAUAUGUAAACAUGCAUGAGACUUUUGUGUACCUGUGGCUGCAGUAUCUAAGUAACACUGACCAGCACAGCACUACAAGGCCAUGCUUACACCUGCUGGUCUGAUCAGAUAAGCCCAGGUUUGAUGGGGAAAGUCAUCAAAGAAAGGCUGAGAAAUCCACCAACUUUUGCCAGCACAGGAAUAUUGGUUGAAUGCGCCAGCACAAUCCUGGAGUUACAGGCAAGGGCAGUGGAAGCUGCAGCUGUGCAAUAAGAACCUCAUCUUUGUUUCUGAUAUGUUGCAUGGAUGUCCUCUGUUUGUUUGUGUCUGCAAUUGUUCAGUUUGUUGGUAGAUUUUUGUACUUUUGUUUGUGUUGGUCUUUGUAUAUGUUUCCACCCAAGUGUUGGAGAUGCUGUCAGAUGGGGUGAGAUCUCACACUAUACAGCAGCUUCCUGUGGGGUACCGCUUGGACUGCUGAUCUGUUUUGCAUAAAGAACAGUGUAAUAAAGAUAUGGUGGGAAGGAAAA